ACCCGCCAUUCUGACUGUCAGAAUGGCGGGUGUACUGUUUUUUGGUGAUAACUUAAACUUUUUUAAGGUACAAUUUUCUUUAAUGGAGGUACUAAAUAGUACAAAUUAGGUACAAAAAUAUGGUAAACUUUUUUUAAUUUUUAUUUAGGUACACCCGCCAUUCUCACUCUCACAAAAUUGGUUAUUGGCUUGAAUAUCGUAUUGGGGUUUGUUUACACUUGAUUCUACCUAAAAAAAAUAACACGUCUCGGCCUACGUCAGAUCAGCCCCAAUUUCAUUUGAUUUUAAAAGGCACUGUCUAGGUCAUAAACAUCUCACAUUCCAAAUUCUAACCCCAUGCCAACGUUCCAAAAUAGUGAUUUACGAUACAAGUGCAAGACUCAAACCGCAAGAAAUUAGAAAUUAAUCGCAGUGCGUUCUAAAAGCCUUAGACACUGACAAAACAUAAGUCAAAUCAUGUAAUUAUACUUCGCGCUAUAUUAUUCAAUAGCACAAAUUGGACAUUUUCAUCUUACAACUAAGAAAAUACACCUAUGCAAUUGGCGCGCAAGUCAUAAUUUUUUUUUUCAUUAUGUUCAUAAACCCAUACCUUUAUCAUCACCAUCAGCUAGAUUUCGUUUUGUGCUUCGUAUAUCUUAAAAGAUUUUAUUAGAUAACAUUUUUUUUUGCUAUGGAUCAUAAUUACCACUACUCCAUAAAGAAUCCGGAUUUGAGAAAUACCGGCUACAUUGUUGCAAUGGCUAAUAUACAAGACAAGCAUGAUAGAUCGACUCCUUCUCAUUUCCAUUGGAAAAUUCUAAAGUGCAGGUACGUUUGGCUGAUUUGUAUUAACUAUAACCCUUAUAAGUAAUAGCUACUGCUUUAAUAAGACCUUAAUUUCCACUAAUCACUUAUAACUAUUAAUGUAUUCUUUGUGGCUCCGAUGGGCAGGAUGAUCAUAUUUUCAAAUUCGUCUAUUUUGGCGUGUCCGGAUAAAAAAGACGUGAAACAAGUCCAUAUCGUAUUCAACAAAGUGGGCGACGAUUACGACAAACUGAAUUCACUGUUUAUCAAAUUCUCUUUAAGGCAGGAUGGGGCAAUUCGUUCGACUACGCCAGAAAUAUUCCAGAUGUGUUUCACAUAUACUUUGAUGGCGAAAAUAGCACCAACGUGGAAUGUCCUAGGUUUCGAUUAUCUUGUAAACAACAGAGAUUUCCUAAUCGCUAAUGGGAUACAAGAAGGAGUUAAAUAUCAAAUUGUAUCUGACGAAUCCUACACCGAUCUAACACUUAAGCCGGUGAACAUAAAUAUAAUCAAGGCAACUGAAGAUAUUGCCCCUGGAGAAUAUGUAAGAGUUUUACCAAGUUUGAACAAGGCUGUUGUAGAAGAAUGUAACAAGACUUUGCCCGAAGUAGGAAGUUUUAAGUUUUACAAAGACAUACGUCGGCACUGGAAAAACAUUCACGGCUACCGAUUACCGGACGAUGAAACUUCUUAUUACAUGAUCAGGUUCUGGCGAGGAGAGCCACUGACUUAUCCAGAUAUUUGUGUGACAAGGCAUUUACCCAUUAUAACGCCAAUGCCUAGACCCAAAGAGGCAAGUAUAUGUUAAUAUGUUAGUCUAUUUAGAUCUAAUAGGGCAGUUGACUGUUUUGUGUCAACUUCUAUUGAUACAAUAUCGUUACGAUAUGCCUAUUAUAGUUGUGGUAAA